AUGGAGAACCCGCACGUGAGUGUGGCAAGGCACGGCACGCUGCGUCAUUACACUUGCACAGCCAUCUGAUCAUCAGCUCACUCCUCUCUAUGCUCAUCCCGCACACAUGCAAACGCAUACACGCACGCACACGCACGCGCACACACGCAAAGGAAGAACGUCAAACGCUGCUGUUGGAACGCAUCAUCAAGAAUGUGGAUCUGCUAAACGAUGCCUUGUUAGAGCUGGAUCGCAGCGUAGCAGAGAUCAACACCCACAAUCACGAAAUCACCAUCGCUGCAGAGCUGUGGGAAGGCGUGAGUGUGCGGAUGCGGGGUGCGCAAGCAAAAGCAGAGCAGAGGGGACCAGCACAGCACGACAUUUGCCGCCUUGUGCGCCACCCCAUGCUGACCCGUGUCUCUGCCCCACUGACCGCUCAUGCUCACUACCCGAUGUGCGCGGUCAGUAUCGACGUAAUGUCGCUUUCAACCUCGCCAACAUGCAAGAGGCCCAGGGACACGCUCAAGCGUCCACUUCCAAUGCAUCCUGA